AUGUGUGCCAGACGAGACGAAAACAUCAGCGUCGAGUACCACAGGCCGUCAAGAGACUCAAUCGCAGAGUACAACGCCCUCCUCGCAGAGUCUAAUUAUCACGCAAAGCAGGCAAACAAAUAUCAGUCCCCCUUUGCACCCGCACGUCAAGCCCCCCCUCCUCCUCCUCCAAAGAAAAGCACAAGAAACUCGCUACAAAAACCAAACCCUAAUCGUGCCAGAAAGCUCAGUUUACCCUCCGCAGCUGUUCUUCCCUCUCAACCCACCUCAACAAUGACCUCCCCACCACCCCCUCGUCCAUCGAGAGCAAACACCGCAAAUCUCAACGAUAUUUUCCCUACAAAUGAUACAAUUGCUACCAAUUCUCGUCGUCUUUCUGCCUCAGCAGUAGUGGAUCCUUAUUAUGCUGAUCCUGCGGAGCCACUCCCUCCACCCAGCGCAACAACAGAGUACUCCACUACCCCCAGUUCUUUCAGCAGCACCGGUACUCGUUCUCGCAGCUCAACACAAUCUAAAUCCAAAAAAGGUUUUAUGAACCUUCUUUUUAAUACUUCCAAGAGGCCAGAAAUCAGUACUCCAUAUGAUCCAGUUCAUCUCACACACGUCGGUUUCAACUCUUCGACGGGAGAGUUCACGGGCCUUCCCAAAGAAUGGCAGCAGCUGCUCCAAGAAAGUGGCAUCAGUAGGCAAGAUCAGGAGAAGAAUCCUCAGGCUGUGAUGGAGAUCGUCAAGUUUUAUCAGGAGGGGCACGGUGAUCCAUGGGACAAGUUGGGUGCAAUGGGUGGUCCAACACCAGAUUUAUCAUUACAUUCUAGUCCAACUGCGACUUCACAACGAUCUGUUGAGAAUGGAAAUGGGUACCAGGGUCCUAGACCCGCUCCUCCUCCACCUUCAGGAAGCAAGAAACUUCAGCAGACUUCUGCCGCUGCACCCUCCUCAUACAGACCAGCCCCUUCUCCACCGACAGCUAUAACUCCCACCCUUGAUAGAGCGACCUCCCAACGCACGCCUACGAAAUCACAAAGGGCUACGGACCCUCUUAACCGCUCCAACACUACUCGAGAACGCGAACGAGAGCGCCGCCCCAGCGUUUCGCCUAGUGUGGGGUAUGGCCCGUCCGCUCCACAACAAAAGACCCCGAGAGCUUCUCCGGGUUCCAGUUCCACCGAUCUACCUCUUAAACAACAACCUGCUCAAGUUAGUCAACAGCCUCCGGCUACCAGAGAAAGAGAUGUCAGGCAGCCCAAUACUCAACAGAGUCCCGCUGCGGCUAGUUUGGCCAAGGCAGCCGGUGGCGUGGCUACACCGAGGAGAAGGGAAAAGAAACCCGUGGACAAGGAAAAGGAGGAGGAUAUUGUCAGGAGGUUGAAGCAGAUUUGCACGGACGCAGAUCCUACACGGUUGUAUCGGAAUCUGGUCAAGAUCGGUCAAGGUGCAUCUGGUGGUGUUUACACCGCCUACCAAGUCGGAACCAAUCUCUCAGUUGCCAUCAAACAAAUGGAUCUCGAGAAACAACCGAAGAAAGAUCUCAUCAUUAACGAAAUUCUCGUUAUGCGGUCUUCGCGACAUCCCAACAUUGUCAAUUACAUCGACUCGUUCCUGUACAAGAACGACUUGUGGGUCGUCAUGGAAUACAUGGAAGGAGGUUCCCUCACCGACGUUGUCACGGCUAAUUUGAUGACAGAAGGCCAGAUUGCUGCCGUGAGUAGGGAGACGGCGCAGGGAUUGGAACAUCUGCAUAAGCAUGGUGUGAUUCAUCGAGACAUCAAGAGUGACAACGUAUUAUUGAGUAUGGUCGGUGACAUUAAGCUCACCGACUUCGGGUUUUGUGCACAGAUCUCGGAUCCGGCCCAUGCGAAGCGGACAACGAUGGUCGGUACACCUUAUUGGAUGGCACCCGAAGUUGUCACAAGGAAAGAGUACGGACCAAAGGUUGAUAUUUGGAGUUUGGGGAUAAUGGCGAUAGAAAUGAUUGAGGGUGAACCUCCUUAUUUGAAUCAAAACCCGCUCAAAGCCCUGUAUUUGAUCGCUACGAACGGCACGCCGAAGAUUGCCAACCCGGAGAAUUUAAGCAAGACGUUUUCGGAUUAUUUGGCCGCUACUCUUUCGGUGGAUGUUGAGAAGAGGCCCGCGGCGACGGAGUUGCUCCAGCAUCCGUUCUUCAAGUUAUCCGAGCCGCUCAGGACAUUGGCACCAUUAAUCAAGGCUGCGAGGGAGAUCGCGAAGAACAAAUAA